AUGGGUGUCGAAACUCGAUCGAAAUCUCAAAAACGAGGCGAGCUGUCAGUCUCGACGAGUGGCCGUACAAAUGGUCAUUCAAACGGCAGCAUGAACAAUAUGGAAUUACGGCGUAAAGCCGCCGCGCCGCAGGAAUCCGAUCAAGUCACCGCGAACCUCAUGGCUCGAGAAUCCUUCUCCCUCGACGACGACGUGCCAAAAACCCCCGCCAUGAACAAUCAUGGCUUUUUUGAGCUUCCUGUACAGGAUCAAAGGAAUUUCCUGCUACUUGUAUUAUUAUAUUUUCUUCAGGGUGUCCCUAUGGGACUUGCAACUGGAUCGGUACCCUUUCUCCUCAAGGAGCAUCUUUCGUUUAGCGAAAUCGGCGUUUUUAGUUUGGCAUCGUAUCCAUACUCUUUAAAAUUAUUUUGGAGUCCGAUUGUGGAUGCAGUAUGGAGCCCUAAGGUUGGACGAAGAAAAAGUUGGAUUCUCCCCAUUCAGCUAAUGUCUGGGUUCGGUAUGCUAUAUCUGGGGUCCAUGAUUGAGGAUUUGAUGAGCACAACGGGUAAAUCUGGUGGCCCAACCGUGUGGAACUUCACCGGCUGGUGGUUCUUCCUUGUCUUCAUGUGCGCCACCCAGGACAUUGCAGUUGAUGGAUGGGCUCUUACCCUACUUACGCCCGGAAACGUGUCGUAUGCUUCGACCGCACAAACGGUUGGCCUAACCGCUGGACAAUUCUUAUCGUACACUGUCUUUCUCGCCUUCAACUCCAAGGACUUUGCCAAUAAAUACUUUCGAACUAUACCCUCCGAGGAAGGCCUCCUGAGUUUAGGGGGUUACUUGACAUUCUGGGGUUGGGCCUACAUUGCGAUCACCAUCGGACUUGCGCUUCUGAAAAAGGAAGAGAAAACGAGAAACGAGGAUGGUAUCUGGGACGUUUAUAAGAUUAUGUGGGAUGUCUUAAAGUUGCGAAAUAUUCAGACCAUCAUUAUCGUUCAUCUAAUUUCGAAAAUCGGCUUCCAAGCUAACGACGGGGUAACAAAUCUGAAAUUAUUGGAAAAGGGAUUCGGCAAGGAGAACAUGGCUCUGACGGUACUGAUCGACUUUCCCUUCGAAAUAGGACUGGGCUAUUAUGCUGGAAAAUGGUCGCAGGAAUAUACUCCUAUGCGCCUCUGGUGUUGGGGAUUCGUAGGUCGCCUCAUUGCGGCCGCUUUUGCUCAACUCACCGUCCUUAUUUUCCCGGCAAAUGGAGUCCAACCUUGGUAUCUCCUUCUCGUCAUUGGCGAGCACGUGUUUUCGACGUUUACUUCAACUGUCAUGUUCGUGGCCGUCUCCGCGUUCCAUGCUCGAGUUGCUGAUCCCGUGAUUGGCGGAACAUACAUGACCCUACUGGCAACCGUGUCCAAUCUUGGCGGUACGUUCCCUAAAUAUUUCGUUCUGCAGCUUGUGGAUUCAUUUACGCAAGCUACGUGCCGUCCCUCGUCUGGGAAGCUUGACAGCUCGACGCUUAGGGGACCACUUGUGACAGAGGCCUUCUCAUGCGCCGUCCAAUCCGAGAAAGAGAGGUGCGAGCUUGGUGGUGGAACCUGCGAAAUUCUUCACGAUGGAUUCUAUAUUGUGAAUAUCCUCUGCAUCAUCGUGGGGCUGUUGACGUUCACUAUGUACAUCAGGAAGAAGGUUCUUAUACUACAAAGCUUGCCGUUGAAGGCUUGGAGGUUAGGGGGCUCUCGGCAAUAG